UGAGCACUUGCAUCUUCUCCAGUGCUGCUCCGGCCUACAUCUUUAGGACACGCACUCCCUCUCUCUCCUCACCUGUUGAACUGAGCAGAAACUAGUGAGAGAAAGCUCUGGGUUUUGGGAGGGAGAUAAAAAAAGAAAGAAAGAGAAGCAGCUAAGAACCCACUAAAUUGGGAGAAAGAGAAAAGAAAAAAAAAAUGUUUGCAUCAGAGAAUGGGUUACGGGGAGACCCGAGGCUGAAGGGCAUAUCUGAAGCCAUAAGGGUCGUCCCUCACUUCCCCAAACCAGGAAUUAUGUUUCAAGACAUUACAACUCUGUUGUUGGACCACAAGGCGUUUAAAGACACUGUUGACAUCUUCGUCGAUCGUUACAGAGACAUGGGUAUCUCCGUUGUUGCUGGAGUUGAAGCUAGAGGAUUUAUGUUUGGCCCUUCCAUUGCAUUGGCAAUUGGUGCAAAAUUUGUUCCGCUACGCAAACCCAAAAAGUUGCCAGGGGAAGUUAUCUCUGAACAAUACGAGCUUGAGUAUGGUAGUGAUUGUCUAGAGAUGCACAUUGGGGCUGUUCAACCUGGGGAACAUGUGUUGGUCAUUGAUGAUUUGGUGGCUACAGGGGGGACCCUCUCGGCAGCAAUAAAGCUUUUAGAACGUGUUGGGGCCGAGGUAGUCGAAUGUGCAUGUGUUAUUGGGUUGCCGGAGUUCAAGGGACAGAAUAGGCUAAAUGGUAAGCCUCUGUACAUCCUCGUGGAGCCUCGCCAAUAGAAAUUGUGGAUAUGAUGGAACUGUUUAUGAAUUUGCAGUCCAUGUGCACUUGUCGCCAAUUUCUCCAUCUUACUGCAAAUGCCCCAGGUCAAGAUGCCACAGGGCAGUGCAGGGCAAACUGAAUAUGAUGAGAAUGUGUAUUAAGCUUGCAAAAAGUAGGGUUUGAUAAAUCAUCUGCCCACGGUUUGCUGCCUAGUGUUACCGUAGCUUUAGUAAACGUUCUAGGUUUUAUGUUAAGUUCUUUCUGUGAGGCUUGCUUGUUCAUUUUGUGUAUUAUCCCUUUCCAUGCAAUUGAUUUCCAUAAGAUUCUCUCAGUAAUGUGCUCUGUACAUGAUUUGAAACAAAAUUCGGAGAAUGUGCAGUCUUUAAUCUGUUAACA